AUGACGCCCCCGCUCUCCCCCACCGUCUCGGCGUGUUCGCUCGACUCCAUUCAGACCGCGCCGCCGCGGUUAGCGUUGGGCCAGCCGUCAACGCGGAAACGCCUCGCGCCCGCUCAAACAGGCGCGCUCGUGUCCGUGUUUGAAGUCAAGACGCACCCCUCUCGCGAGGAACGCGCGCUGCUCGCCGCUGAGCUCGGCAUGGAGCUAAAAGCGGUGAACGCCUGGUUCCAAAACAAGCGGCGCACGCUGAAGAAGAACUGCGCGGGGUGCGGGUGGUCGAAGGGCUCGCUGCCCGAGAACAAACACGUUCGGCCCGCAAAUGGCCUCAAGAGCUUGCCUCGGAGCGAGUCCCCGAUAUCCCUCGAGCGCGUCGUGUCCUCGCACGAGCUUCCCUACAAACCCAAGCCGCUGCAGGCACCGCGCGCCCCGACGACACCUCGACGUCGCACGGGGACGUCGAUGUCGAAGGAGAUAUGGGAGUACCUGCCUUCGUCCCCGCCGACGCGACCCUCGUCCCCCGGACACACAGAGCCGGUGCUUUCCCUGGCGGCGCGCACGUCGAGGGCCCAUUCGCUGGAGUGGGCUUGCGCGAAGGCCCGAGUAGUGCGCAAGACGGUGAAGGACCUCCCUAUGGACCUGGAUGACGACGAGGGUGACGAAGACGUGCCGAUGCUGGUCCUGGACGCCCUACCUCGAGACAAGCGUUCGGUGGGCGGUAGCGAGACGGACACGGAGGAAGAGGAGGAGGAGGCCAUUACACCCAACGUCAGCGCCGAGCUACUGCCGCCGUUCGUCGUUUCCCCCGACCGGGCGGAGAAGGACGUCGGCAAGGACGUGGACAUGGAGGCCGCUAUGGCGUUACUCCGAUUCAUGGCGCCCAAGGCAUGA